AUGGCUGCCUCGUCGAUGCACCUUUCGAAGUUGCGGAGGUGGUUUGUCUCUUCUCCGCCGAUUGAGUGGGCGCUGUCACAUCUCCGGGAGCUGUUGAUUGGGGCGCUGAGAGAAGGGCCGAUUCCGCAGCAUGUGGCGUUUGUCAUGGAUGGGAAUAGACGUUUCGCGAGGAACCAUCAAAUAGAGAGAGUUGAGGGACAUCAUCUGGGGUUUGAGGCGUUGGCUAAGAUCUUAGAAGUGUGCUACAAAGCAGGCGUUAAGGUGGUAACGGUGUACGCAUUCAGCAUCGAAAACUUCAAAAGGUCGAAAUACGAGGUGGAUGCUCUAAUGGAUAUGGCAAGGGUGAAGCUAGCCCAGUUAUCUCAGCAUGGAGAUCUUCUAGAUCGUUACGGUGCUAGUGUACGAGUCUUGGGUCGCCGGGACUUGGUCAAGCCAGAAGUUCUCGAAGCUAUCGAUAAGGCUGUUGAGAUCACCAGUCGGAAUGGAGAUGCGAUCCUGAACAUUUGUUUUCCGUAUACGUCCAGAGACGAGAUGACGACGGCGAUCCGGAACACAGUCACCGAAUAUAGCACCCCUCUCGAUCGGACACAGCUACCAUUGCCAAAUGGACCACGUCACACCUUUUCCGAAACUCACAUCGCUGAAUGUAUGCAAAAGGAGAAUGGAAUGGUUAACGGGCACGGAACAGAUUCCUCCUUAUUGCCUCCAUGCGGUAAACGUGCAUCGAAGAUUUCCAACCAUAGUCCCGAUCAUCCCCCCCAACCUACCUCAACGAUAUCGAAAAACAGCCUGCCGCAUGCUGUAGAGAAAGUCCCUAUGAUCCCGGAAGCAUACACCAGCUAUCCUCCCAACACUGACCAACUUAUCUUCCUCUCUCCAGAAACCAUCACACAACAGACUCUGACCGAUCACAUGCUUACCGUCGGCUGUCCUCCCUUGGACCUCCUUGUGCGAACCUCUGGCGUCGAGAGACUGAGUGACUUUAUGCUCUGGCAGUGCCAUCAAAACACGGAGGUUGUGUUUUUAGAGACCCUUUGGCCGAGCUUUGACCUGUGGACUUUCUUACCAGUGCUGUGGGAGUGGCAAUGGCGGGUGCGCAAGCAGGGGAGUCAGAAUGGGGAGCUGGAUGAUGUCGAUGAAGAUGAAUCCAGCAGUUCGCGCAAUGGGGUCAUAAAUGGGGCAAGCUCUGACUUUCUCCCCCCAGCACGCAGGCAGAGCGGAAAAUUUAAGGAUAUAUAAUAUUUUUGGAGUUUUUUUUUUUGGUAUCUCCUUCUGUUAGUCCCCCCCUUUUUUUGGUUCUUCCUUUUCAGCGAGAAUGGCAUUCUUAGUUCUUGUUUUUAUUUUGAAUAUUCGCUGCAUAUUCUUAACCUUUUUUUUAUGGUUUCUGGAGCCUGGCAUUCAUGUGUCAUAAUGACGGAGUCCUUUUGGUUGCGAUUCUAGGGGCCGUUUGUAGCAUCCCUGUUUUCAAUCCAUAUUCAUCCCCAGUUACUCUGAUUUCGUCUUUAUUUCGACCCCAAGCGCAAGGCCCCGACUCAUUGUCUAUUAUUUAUUUAUUCUUUUUUCCUCAUCCACAUAUAGAAAUAGACCAAUAUACCCUAGUCUGCCCCGUUUCCUGCACUUCUUGUAUAACAUUAGACCAUUUUUUCCCCC